CACCCUUCCCCAAAAUUCCUUCAAAACACUGAUUUAUUAACAAUCAGCCUUAUACUUUUCUAAAAUGUCUGCCCUUUGGACAAGAUUGAUAGAUUUAAAACCAUCUACUUUUCGUUCCAAUCUUAAAUUAAGAUUAGUUCGUUCUUACGACUUGAUAUCCUACAGAAAUGCCGGAGAAGUUUAUGCACGGGAGUGUAUUUUUCACGACAAUGAGGGGAACCACAUUCUUGGAGUGUAUCAAAAGGAGGAAAUAGCAUUGUUUGGAUCAACGCUCAAAGAGGGGAAUUUAUAUCGAAUAAUCCGGUAGUUCUAUCAAACAACAUGCCUCACAUUGUUUCAAGCAAAUUUAAGCUAUCACUUGGUAAAAGGAGUACUGUUACCGAGAUGUUUGAUGAACAAUUCCCCAAGCAUUUUUUCAAUUUCAAACCAUUUGGGGAGAUAAAUGCUUUGAAAAAUAUUGAAAAUGUUCCAAUGUUUGGCGCAAUGUUUGUUAAUGACCCUCCAAUCACCAAACCAGUUAUGGGAAAAGAAACCCUAAUUAUGGAGAUUAUAUUAGAGGAUUUAGAGUAAGUACAUCAUAUCAGUCAUUAUCCCUUAUUAUAAUAUGUAUAUUAUACAAAUAUAAUUGUGUAUUACACUAUAAAUGGUUAUAGGGGGACAAGAAUUGCAUGCACUUUGUGGGGCAGAUAUGCUUCAAAUCUCAUGAAAUUUGUGGAAAAAUUGCCAAAGCAACCCGUCAUAGCUGUAAUCCAGUUUUGCAAAGCAGGGAUAUAUAAUGGCAACAUUAAGGCUUCCACUUUCUACGAUGUUUCUAAGAUGUUCCUUGAUGAAAACAUUCAAGAGAUUAACACCUUCAGAGAGAGGUAGUUUUAAAAAUACUUUGGUCUUUGAAAAUAAAUAACAAUUUUCAAAAACUAUUUAGAAUUGUUUCUUAUUGGCAAACCAGAUACAUUGCAACAAGAUGUAUUUCCAAUCAGUCUCUAUCCCUGAGUGUAUCUACGAUAACAGUUCAAAGUACUCCAAUGACAAUCAAGCUCAGAACGAUAGAGGAAGUUAUUGAAAGGAAAGAGCAUGGGCGGGUUUGGAUUUCUUGCUCUAUUGCGGGAAUAGAAAACUCAGGUUCCUGGUUUUACAGCUCCUGUAAGGGAUGCCCUAAGAAAAAAAUGCCAGAGGACAGUUUGAACUAUUGUGGUGUCUGUAAAUCCCAAGGUGUGGUUUUGAGAUACCGUUUAAAAGUCCAUGUAGUGGAUGACACUGGGAAUUUAUCAUUGGUGUUAUGGGAAAAGCAUUGUAUAAGGAUACUUGGAAGGAGAGCUGAGGAGCUUUUAAAGAAAUCAGAGAAAGAAGGAGAAUUGCCAAUUGAAAUUGAGGAACUUGUAGAGAGGAAAAUGAUGUUUGAAAUUGAAGUAUCAAAAUCUCAAGAUUCACUAUAUGAAGACAGUUUUAGUGUGUCUCAGGUCUCUACAGAUCCUACUUUUAUUGAAAAACACUCCCGUGAGACACCAUCUACCCAAGAGUCAGUAUCCCAACCAAAACUUAAGAUGGCAGAUUUUGGGGUUGAAGAGAAUGUUGAUUCAAUAGUUGAUAAGGUUUAAAUAAAGUGAACCACUUUGUUUAGUUCAUAUUUCUUAAUUUCUUAAAAAAAAAUCUGAAAGUCUAAACUUAAAAUGUAGGGUGAAACCAGUGUGAAAAGAGACGUCAUUGACGUAGAGGGCCAGGAAGUCGUGGAGUGUGAUGACAAAAAAAAAUUGAAGAGGGAUCUUUUGAAUGAUUUUGAAAUAGCAGAGCAAGAGCAAUUGAAAAGGCCAAAAAAGUCUAUCAAAGUUGAAACGGAAUGAGAGAGAAUGAUUUUAGAAAUAUUUUUCCCAAUUGCUGUCUUUUCUAUGUCUUGAGUGUACUAAAUAAGUGCUCUAGCACAGA